CUCAACCCUGCUUUGACAACCAACCAAAGCGGAUAAGUUGGGUCAGUUUAAUUUUUUACAUUUAAUCAUUUAAUCCAUUUGAUUAAUAACAAAUUUACAAUAAUAUGGAUAAUGGGAAAAGAAAAUUGACCUCUCGAGCCAGUGAUUCGGACGAUGAAAGCGAAAGAAAUAGUUCAUCAAAAUUGAGACACUUUGACGCUCCGAGACUAUGUCCCUAUUUGGAUACGAUUAAUCGACAAUUUCUUGAUUUUGAUUUUGAGAAGUUGUGUUCAGUUUCUUUAUCAAGAAUCAAUGUUUACGCCUGUCUAGUUUGUGGAAAGUAUUUUCAAGGAAGAGGAACAAAUACACACGCCUAUACUCACAGUGUUGCCGAAAGUCAUCAUGUUUUUCUUAAUUUACAUACACUUAAAUUCUAUUGUCUGCCAGACAAUUAUGAAAUCGUGGAUUCCUCGCUAGAUGACAUUAAAUACGUUCUGAAUCCAACAUUCAGUAAAUCUCAAAUUAGUCAAUUGAGUACAAAUUCUAAACUUUCGAGAGCAAUCGAUGGAUCUAUGUAUUCGCCAGGAAUUGUUGGUCUCAAUAACAUUAAAGCUAAUGAUUAUUGUAACGUUAUUUUACAGGCAUUAUCCCACGUAACACCUUUAAGAGAUUUCUUUCUGCGAGAAUCCAAUUACAAUAAAGUUAAACGACCGCCUGGUGAUUCUUCAUAUCUUUUGGUUCAAAGAUUCGGCGAACUUAUGAGAAAAUUGUGGAAUCCUAGAAAUUUUAAAACCCACGUCAGUCCCCAUGAAAUGUUACAGGCCGUCGUAUUGUGGAGUAAAAAACGUUUUCAAUUCAUUGAACAAGGCGAUCCUGUGGAUUUUUUAUCAUGGUUUUUGAACGCUUUACAUUUAGCGUUAAACGGAACAAAAAAGAAUGAUUCGAGCAUUAUUUAUAAAACUUUCUUAGGACACAUGAGAAUAUAUACGCGAAAAAUUCCACCUCUUGAACUCGAGGAGAGUCAAAGAAGUGAAUUGUUAAACACCAUGGAAUAUAGAGAAACAAUUACGGAAAGUCCAUUUCUGUAUCUUACGUGCGACUUACCGCCACCGCCUUUGUUUAAGGAUCAAUUCACGGAAAAUAUUAUUCCCCAGGUAAAUUUGUACACACUCUUGAAUAAAUUCAACGCAAUUUCCGAGAAGGAAUAUAAAACAUACAAGGAGAAUUUCAUGAAACGUUUUGAAAUAACGGAAUUGCCUCCUUAUCUCAUUUUGUAUAUUAAGAGAUUCACGAGAAAUACGUUUUAUGUGGAGAAAAAUCCGACUAUCGUCAACUUUCCAGUCAAAAAUGUCGAUUUCGGAGAUGUCCUUACACCGGAAGUAAAAGCAAGACAUCCGUGUACGACGUACGAUUUAGUGGCGAAUAUUGUCCACGAUGGUGAACCAGCGCAUGGAACAUACAGGGUUCAUAUUCUUCACAGGGCAACUGGUCAAUGGUACGAAAUGCAAGAUUUACACGUAACUCAAAUUCUUCCCCAAAUGAUUACACUAACCGAAGCCUACAUACAGAUUUACGAACUACGAAAAGAUAAACAGUCAGCAAAUGGAGAAACUUCCUCGUAGGCAUUUAUUUUCCCCAAGGACACUUAAAUUUUCAGGUAUUUUUCAUAUUUAUUUUACAUUUCGUUGUAAAUAUAAUAAUUUUUUUUUCAAAUUGUCGACAAAUUGCGUGCAGAGGAGAAAAAAACUGAUAAAUAUUUAUAAGAUUUUUGGUAAUAAACGAAAAUGAAAAUAA